ACCCAGCGGAUGAUUAGAAAGCUUGCUAACGUUGCGUAGCUCAGGACAAGGAAUUUUAAAACUGGUCGGAUCACUGGCUGACUGCAAAUUAAGCAUGGACGACAAGUCAUUCACCAAGGAGUUGGACGGAUGGAUUGAACAACUGAAUGAGUGUAAACAGCUAUCAGAGAACCAGGUCAAAGUCCUCUGUGAAAAGGCCAAGGAGAUUUUGACAAAGGAGUCAAAUGUACAGGAGGUGAGAUGUCCGGUAACUGUCUGUGGAGACGUUCAUGGACAGUUUCAUGACCUUAUGGAGCUCUUUAAGAUUGGAGGGAAGUCCCCAGAUACCAACUAUCUCUUUAUGGGAGACUAUGUUGACAGAGGUUAUUACUCUGUGGAGACAGUCACACUUCUGGUUUCUCUAAAGGUAAGGUUUCGUGAACGAAUCACAAUUCUCAGAGGGAAUCAUGAGAGCAGACAGAUCACACAAGUGUACGGUUUUUAUGACGAAUGCCUAAGAAAAUAUGGAAAUGCCAAUGUUUGGAAGUACUUCACAGACCUGUUUGAUUAUCUGCCUCUUACAGCACUAGUAGAUAACCAGAUUUUCUGCCUCCAUGGAGGAUUAUCACCUUCAAUAGACACACUGGAACACAUUCGAGCGCUGGAUCGCUUGCAGGAAGUUCCUCAUGAGGGUCCCAUGUGUGACUUGUUAUGGUCAGAUCCAGAUGACCGUGGUGGCUGGGGGAUCUCUCCCCGUGGUGCAGGCUACACAUUUGGGCAGGACAUAUCUGAGACCUUCAAUCACGCAAAUGGCUUAACUUUGGUUUCAAGAGCCCAUCAGCUGGUGAUGGAGGGGUAUAACUGGUGCCACGAUCGCAAUGUUGUGACAAUCUUCAGCGCGCCAAACUAUUGCUACCGUUGUGGAAACCAGGCAGCAAUCAUGGAACUUGAUGACACAUUGAAAUACUCCUUCCUACAGUUUGACCCAGCGCCGCGCAGAGGAGAGCCUCAUGUGACACGGCGUACGCCGGACUACUUCCUGUAAAGAUCACUGGAGAGAAUGGUAACAGGCUGCACAGAGGCAGCAGAAAAGAAGCGUUCAGUCUGACACAAAUUUCGUGCCAUUAUCAAUGCUCAAUGGAAACUUUCACACCUAGCUACAUACUACCACCUUUUCAAUUUAUAACUCUGUGCAUGAUGUUAUAACUGCUAAAAAUGGUUGUUGCUCUUAACACUGCUGUUGUAAUACCUGCUGGUUUUGUCAGGAAAAAUUAAUGACUUAAGGCUGAUAAUAAUGAUUAGGUUUAAUUUUCGUGUUUUGUUCUUAAUAUGUUUGCAAUAUAAAGUUUCUAAGCUGCAUCUUUUAUUUGGCAUGACCUCAGAUCAAAGGCUGCAGUACAUAUCAUGUGAACUCUUUUGUCUUUGUAAUGAUGCUCAACAGUUUUUUUGUGAAGUAAGAUGUAGAUUUUGUUCUCUUUGCACUUUUGUAUUUAUGUUUUAUCACAUGGCACUGACAGAUUGUGCUCAAUUUAUACUCUAUUAAAUAAGUAGCUAUUAUUCUUUUGUCCCUCAUGGACGUUAAUGCAAUUAAUUUAAAUCUGCAAUAGUGGCACAAGGGACUAAAUGACUUAAAAUGACUCAAUUGUUUUACAGCCUCUAACAUCCUAGAAUAAAAAGCUAAAAUUGCUUCGUCAUUAUUUCCAAAAGCAGAUUGAGAUUACUACCUGUUGUUAUUAUUAGUGACCACUAGAUGGAGACAGAAACCUAAAAUAUGUUACGAGGCAGCGGAGUGAUAAUCAGUAGGUGUAGAAAAUAGUGAUUUUACGUUUAUUUUUUACAAUUAAUUUGGUAAUGUUGUUUAGUUUUUUUUUUUUUAAAUAAGAAAGAUAUUAUAUUACUAGUUUCCACGCCGUUAUUUCAAACAUUUGUUUACUCAUAUUUUGUUUACAUUGUAUGUUUCUUUUAAUGUACAUUUAUGAACGAAAUGCUUUCUUUCUUUAUUUUUUCGGACCAUUUAUCUUUUCAUAAGACGUUGGUAUCGCCUAUUAAUGCCAGUCUGUUGUAUAUACAGUCGCGUGUGUGGAAAUUAUCCAAAGUUUUAACGUAUAUUAAUAAUUUACUGCCCUUGAAUCAAGUUUACAGAAAUGCAUCGAGCGUUAACGGAUGUAGCACCUGGUUCACUUCAUAAUAAAGGCAUGGUUUU